GAUCAAUACGACGUAGGAGUCGUCGGGCUUUAAGCAGCUAGCGUACGCGGGCGCGGCUAUACGACUUUUGCAGCCGUGGGCGGGAGACGGUCACCCGGUACGGACAGUGGGGGCAUGGUCUGCGUCGCGCUGCACAGCUGACUGACUGCGAGGACGGCACCAUGGCACCUGUCAGAGAAGGCGUGAUCUUCUGCACGGACACGAUGGCGUGCAUGAACCUGCCCGGCUACACGUGCAAGGGCGGGCGCUGCGUGUGCGAGCCGCAGCGAGACACGGGCCUCUUCUCCUGCUUCGGCGGCAGCCAGUACGGCGAGCGCUGCCGCUUCGACGAGGACUGCGGCUACCACGACGAGGUGCUGGUGUGUUCCCGUGCAGACUCCAGGACCUGCCGCUGCCCCAGGGGCCUCGUCUGGGACGACCACUCGCGCAAGUGCUACGCCGUCGGCGACACCUACGGCAGCAAAUUUGAUGCUGUGAGGGAUCUAAUCAUACCUGGUAUUAUUGUGAUGACUAUAGGAGCAAUGGUGUAUCUUGGUAUCAAACUCUUCUGCAACUGCGGUAAACUGUGGAGAAGACGAAGGAGACGGCCUGAUUUAUCCCAUGAGCUGGAUGAUUCACAUCAACAAGCCACUUGGGUAGCUUCUUACAGAGUUUUCAGUCCAUUAAGCAACGGUGAGUCGAGACCAUCACCAGUUCUCUCUCCGAGUUCCUCAUUCCCACUGCACCCGGCGCCGUGCAUGGGUCUCUUCUUGCCGGCAGGAUCGCUGCCAGGACCAGGUGCUCCUGCAGCGCCAGCUGCUGGCAGCGCACCGUCACCACCGUCGUAUGAAGAAUCUCUUAAGCACAAGGUGAUACUCAGUAGCUAUCCCCUGACUGUGGUGUUACCACCAGCAGGGACUCCAGGGUCUGUGGGAGCUGCCCUGGCUCCUAUACCAGCAGUUCCGACUCCUGCACCCAGCCCCGGCACUCCCGGUGACUGACAUGUGACUCUGUACUGCAGUGGCUUUCUGCCUCUGUGUUUGUAUAGUGCCUUUCAAAGCAGCACUCCAGGUGUCAUAAAGCCAGUUCUCUGAGAAAGGCAGUGUGCCAUUUGCUGUGGAGUCAUGUUGUCGGAGUGCGUCAGUACUUCAAUUUUGUGGGUAUUAUACUUCUUAAAUUCCUAUACAAAUAUGUAUUUCGCAAGCAGCAUUUUUUCACAGCUGCAAGAAAUCACAAAGCUUAUGACAUCAGCAGCUAUUAGGACUGAGUAAUGACAAGGCACUAAUUAUUUGAAAUCGAGAUUCAUUACACUGUAAAAAUAUUAUUCUGUCUUGUAUAGGGGCAUUUCCAUAUUCUUUCUUACACAAUAUGAUGUGAGGACUGAAACGUAACUGUAGUUAUAAGAGCACUGAACUUACAGAUUAAGAUGUCAAAAUGUACAGGCCAUAUGAGCUAUAAAAGAAAAGACUGUAUUGAAGCAGAAACUGUGAACAGGGUGUACAGCAACAUAAAACUUUAUAAUAAAAUAAUUUGAAGAUUU